AUGUGGAGCGGCCGCAGCUCCUUCACCAGCCUGGUGGUGGGCGUGUUCGUGGUGUACGUGGUGCACACCUGCUGGGUCAUGUACGGCAUCGUCUACACGCGUCCGUGCGCCCAGGACGGCAACUGCAUCCAGCCGUACCUGGCGCGGAGGCCCAAGCUGCAGCUCAGUGUGUACACCACCACGCGCUCCAACCUUGGUGCAGAGAACAACGUCGACCUGGUGCUGAACGUGGAAGACUUCGACGUGGAGUCCAAGUUUGAGAGGACCGUGAAUGUUUCUGUACCCAAGAAGACGAGAAACAAUGGGACGCUGUACGCUUACAUUUUCCUCCAUCACGCGGGGGUCCUGCCAUGGCACGACGGGAAGCAGGUGCACCUGGUCAGCCCUCUCACCACCUACAUGGUCCCCAAACCGGAAGAAAUCAACCUCCUCACUGGCGAGUCGACCACGCAGCAAAUCGAGGCGGAGAAGAAGCCGACCAGUGCCUUGGAUGAGCCUGUCUCCCACUGGCGGCCCAGGCUGACGCUGAACGUGAUGGUGGAAGACUUCGUCUUUGACGGGUCCUCCCUGCCCGCCGACGUGCAUCGCUACAUGAAGAUGAUACAGUUAGGGUCAACAGUCCACUAUCUCCCCAUCCUCUUCAUCGACCAGCUGAGCAGUCGUGUCAAGGAUCUGAUGGUCAUCAACCGCUCCACUACGGAGCUGCCGCUGACUGUCUCCUACGACAAGAUCUCGCUGGGGAAGCUCCGCUUCUGGAUCCACAUGCAGGACGCCGUGUACUCCCUGCAGCAGUUUGGCUUCUCCGAGAAAGACGCAGAUGAGGUCAAGGGCAUCUUCGUUGACACCAACCUGUAUUUCUUAGCGCUGACCUUCUUUGUUGCAGCCUUUCACCUCCUCUUUGAUUUCCUGGCGUUUAAAAACGACAUCAGCUUCUGGAAGAAGAAGAAGAGUAUGAUCGGAAUGUCCACCAAAGCAGUGCUCUGGCGCUGCUUCAGCACCGUGGUCAUCUUCCUUUUCCUCCUGGACGAGCAGACGAGUCUGCUGGUGCUGGUCCCGGCCGGUGUCGGGGCGGCCAUCGAGCUGUGGAAAGUGAAAAAAGCCCUGAAGAUGACCGUCACCUGGAGGGGCCUCAGGCCUGAGCUUCAGUUUGGCACGUCCAGUGAGUCCGAGCGCAAGACCGAGGAGUAUGACACGCAGGCCAUGAAGUACCUGUCGUACCUGCUCUACCCGCUCUGUAUUGGGGGAGCUGUAUAUUCCCUCCUGAACAUCAAGUACAAAAGUUGGUAUUCCUGGUUAAUCAACAGCUUUGUUAACGGGGUGUACGCUUUCGGCUUCCUCUUCAUGCUGCCCCAGCUCUUUGUGAACUACAAGAUGAAAUCGGUGGCCCAUCUGCCCUGGAAGGCGUUCACCUACAAAGCAUUCAAUACCUUCAUCGACGACGUCUUCGCCUUCAUCAUCACCAUGCCCACUUCACACCGGCUGGCGUGCUUCCGAGACGACGUGGUCUUCCUGGUCUACCUUUACCAAAGAUGGCUUUAUCCCGUGGAUAAGAGCAGAGUGAACGAGUUCGGGGAGUCCUACGAAGACAAACCCAAGCGCAAGCCCCACCCUGACUAGGCAUCGAGGCUGUGGGAGCCGCCCACCUGGACUGCUGGCCAGCCGCCCACGCACACUCUGGGUCUCUCAGACUGUGGGCUCACUGAGUGUUUCUGGAAGCUUUGGUGGGGUUCCCGGACGUCACCAUCUUCUUCGUUGCCAAAACCUCUGAACACACCUCGUCGCUCUCCCAGGUCCCCUUUGGAACAAACUGUUCGCACCUGGCCCGUCCCAGGGCCGAGUGCCCUCUGUCUGGAACCCCUCUGCUUGGCCACCCGGCACGAGGCAGGGAGCUCUGCCAGCUCACAGGGCCCCCAGCACCACAGGCGCCCGCACCCCGAGUGGGCCCAGCGGAGCCAGGGCGCAGGGCCCCUUUCACACAGUCGAUUUUCGGUUUUUCCACCUGUUCUUUCUGAGAACUUCAGGUGCCACCUGAAUUCAUUCCACACGGACUCUCGGGGAUCAAAUAGCUUUUCUGCUCUUUGGUUUAAAAAUCUUUAUUAUUUUAAAGCUUAAUGUAUGUAUGUAUGUAUGUAUGUUUCUAUUUUAAAAUAAAUUUCUCUCACAGUAACGUUUCCUUCA